CUCUGGCACCCCGACGCCGCAUUCACGCUCGCCAACCACUUCGGAGCCGCUUCGCGCUUUAGCGAGACGAGGGAGACGUUCAAGUGGACCACAAGCAUCACCAUUUCUCACUGGACCUUCCACCUUCGAGAAGAACACGAAGCCGACGAGUUUCGGGAACAGCACAGACAGCAAGGCUUGUUCCCGCCCGAGAAUAUCGCCGAGCUGGGUCUGCCGAGCAGCGAGCAGGUCCAGGACAUAGUGGAAGAGCAGUCGUCUUCGCUCGUGAUCACCGGCGACCUGUCCGGGCAACUGUGGAUAUGCUCCUACUGGUCGCCCAUCACUACCCCGGCUGCCCUAGCGCCAGUUGCCGGCGAAGUACUGCCCCGGAUCCUGGAAAAGUUCAUCCAUCAGCAAGCAAGUGGCCGGUGUCUUGCCUUUCUGUUAUUGCUGGGGCAUUUGUGCGAGAUGCUAUCCGGCGAGUACACCACGUUGCUUGUGACAUUGGACAGGAUCAUGGAAAUCGAGGAUCGCACUCUUCUGGAGGGCUUGGAAGACUGGUGGGGCACCGCCGAGUCCAUCAACAAAUUGAAGAAGAUGCUCUGGGGAUGGGAGGCGCUCAGGGUUUUCAACGACAAGCUUUCUUCGUCCUUGUCGCAGAUCCAGCGCGCACAGGAGGCAAUGGAGCAUUUCAUCACGCAGGCAAAUCAAGAACUUAUCCAAGAAUCGAGCAUCGUGUUGGACGACUUCAAGAAACGAUGUGGCAUGCUGACGGAAGUGCAUGACAAGAUCCAGUUGAAGAUCAAGCAGGUCACUGGUCUUCGAGAUGGCAUUUCAACGAUCACGAACGUCGUUGACAACAAGACGACCAUCCAGCAAGGCAACAACAUCCGCGCCCUGACCUACAUCACCAUCGCAUAUCUGCCGCUUGGCUUCAUCGUGGGUCUUUUCUCCAUCCAACACGGCACCUUCAUGGACGGCGCGGAGAACUGGCACUUUGGCGUCCUGACCGUCGUCUUUUCUCUCGCCACCUGGGUGCUCGCGCUCAGCCUGGACGACGAAGCCCUGUCCUUCUUCAAGGCCGGCGGCGGCGCGUUUGCCGCCGCCGGGAAGUCUGCCAAGCGGGCUUUGCCUGCGAAAGGCCAGACGAAACCUGCGAGCGAUCAGACGGCCAGGGAUCAGACGGAACACAGGGACUGGUUGGGCAGAUGGCGGCGGGGACGGAGAGCGGCAGCGUCUUCGACUCCGCCAGUCGAAUUGAACGAGUUGGCGUGA